AUGAAGCUCACUUUUAGAGAUCUCAAACAGCAGAAAUUUACCAUCGAGGCCGAGCCCACAGAGACAGUCGGCCAGGUAAAAGAAAAGAUCGCCCGAGAGAAAGGAUGGGAGGCAUCGCAACAAAAAUUGAUCUAUUCAGGCAAAAUUCUUCAAGAUGCGAACACUAUUGAGUCUUACAACAUCGAGGAGAAGGGUUUCAUAGUAUGCAUGGUGUCAAAACCUAAGCCCGCCGCUGGAGGUCCUUCCACGCCAGCCAAAGCAGCGCCACCUGCAACCCCAAGUGCACCAGCCCAAGCUCCCUCGGCUUCUACAGCCGCCGCUCCACAAGUCCCUUCAACACCAACUCCAGCGUCUUCCGGGGCUACCACCGCUGCUACAGGCGAGGCAGCAGCAUUCAAUGACCCAUCAGCUCUGGCCAUGGGUUCUCAGGGAGAAGCGGUGAUCUCACAGAUGGAGGCGAUGGGUUUCCCGCGCGCUGAUAUCGAUCGUGCUAUGCGGGCUGCUUUUUUCAAUCCAGACCGUGCUGUGGACUAUCUGCUCAAUGGCAUUCCCGAAAACAUCCAGCAGGAACAGACUCAAGCUCGCGCCGCCGCAACCUCUCCAGCACCAGCACCAGCACCAGCACCAGCCACCACGCCCGCUGCCCCUGAAGCCACUGGCAACGAACCAGUGAACCUAUUCGAAGCCGCUGCGCAAGCAGGCGGUACAGGCCGUGGAGCAGCAGGUGGGGCGGGAGCUGGAGACGCUGGUGCAUUGGGCAAUCUCGAUUUCCUUCGCAACAACCCUCAUUUCCAGCAGUUGCGACAGCUUGUACAACAACAACCGCAAAUGCUCGAGCCUAUCCUGCAACAAGUCGGAGCAGGGAAUCCGCAAUUGGCACAGUUGAUUGGUCAGAAUCAGGAGCAAUUUCUCCAACUUUUGGCGGAAGACAUGGGUGAUGAGGGUGAACUUCCUCCUGGUGCGCACGAGAUUCGUGUUACGGAAGAGGAACGUGAUGCAAUUGAACGACUCUGCCGUCUUGGUUUCUCCCGAGACUCAGUCAUUCAAGCCUACUUUGCCUGCGACAAGAACGAGGAAUUAGCAGCAAACUUCCUAUUCGAGCAACCCGACGAAGGCGAUGACCAAUGAUUUUUCCUCUCGACUAGCUGCUACGUCUGUCAAAUAGUAUCUCCCAUUUUUCCUCUUUGCUUAAUUCCUCAUUAGUGAUCUCAAAUUCCCAUGAUGUUUAUUAUUCAUUAUUAUCCGUGGAUUAUGGAUGAAUUUAAGCGUGUUCCUUCUUUUCUGUAUUCCUUUACAUAUAUCUAGCUAUCGAUAUAGCAAUGAAGUGGAAACCCUUAUCAUUCUGUACUGCAUUCAAAAGGAGACCGCUUUGUGCAGGCCGUUGGGACGGUUUAUCGGGAUCUAAUACGUCAACUACUUUAGCAAGAUAGCUCGAUGGUGAAAUUCAACAGCUCG